AAUCCCUGGAGCCCGGGACAUUCCAUUGUGCAAUCAAAGCUGCAUAGGACGCAGCAUGAAACUGAACGCAGUGCUGCCUUCCGCUUUGGCAAGAAGUUUCCCAAAUACCUGCACUUCUACAAUCCCAAUCAAAAAAACAAGUGGGGGCAUAAGAAGGGCUAUCGAAUCCAGUAUAACUCACAUGCUAACAGUGUUUUGCCCCGGGGCUGGAGGGAGGAAAAUGGUAUUACGUGGUCAAGAUACCAGUUGGCUGUAACCAGACACAAGGACAGUGAGGUCACCAGCAGUAGCAUCUAUACUCAGAAUGACCCUUGGGAGCCUGUUGUUUCCUUCGAGGAAUUCAUUCGCAACAAUGAAAACAUUGUUAAUCAGGAUUUGGUUGCCUGGGUGACGGUGGGAUUCUUACACAUUCCUCAUUCUGAAGACAUUCCCAACACGGCGACUCCAGGAAACGCGGUGGGAUUCUUCCUGCGUCCCUUCAACUUUUUUGACGAGGACCCCUCGCUUGCGUCCCGCAGCACGGUCAUAGUGCGACCAGAUGAAAAGGGCCAGCCGAAGGUUCAGAGAUGGACUCCAGAGGUCGUAGGUCACUGUGUCUCAGACAAGCCUUUCUUCUAUAAUGGUACUUACGCUGGUGUCUAGAUAGAGACUGAGCUUUUUUCGUGUCGUGUUGGUGUUUUUGUGCUGUAUAUAAAAUGUAGAAAAAGCUCAGAAUUUAUGACUUUAAAUGCUAUUGGUGUCAAAUAUUUACAACCACAAAAACAGAGCACACUUUUUACAUUGCAUCUGAACAAAUGAAACUCAAAUUCUUAAAAUGUAAAACUUACUAAAAACUGUAUCUUAAAUCUGACAUUAAAUAUUUUCACAAUUCA